AGGAGGAGGAAAGGAGGUGACCCCGGUUGAGAAUCGUGGAAUGUUUGUGACACUGCCUGACCAUACCCAUUGCUACUUCAUGACUGAGAACCGGCAGUUGGAGGGGGUUCUAGUGACCAGUAUACCGUUCAGCCAUCCUUCACAUGUGCCCAAGGUCAUCGCUCUGCUAAGACAACAGGCUCUAUUCAAUACACUUAUAACCAGCUGUAUUCGACCUAAUGCUAAGCAUGUUGCCGACUGA